AUGUCCAAUGCACCUCUUUCCUUUUCAUCCAAAGUUUGUUACAUAAAGUAUCGAGAGCCUUCCAGUGUUGGUGUGGCACAACAUUUAACCAACACUGUGUUUAUUGACAGAGCUUUGAUUGUUGUGCCCUGUGCUGAAGGAAAAAUCCCUGAAGAGGCAAAGGCGCUCUCGCUUUUGGCCCCCGCCGUGCCAGUGGCCAGCCUGAUGAGCGGAGGAGGACUUCUGCCCAUUCCUAGCCCCACUACACUACAGAAUCGUGGUCUUCCUUUAGCUAAUCUGGGGGUCCUGAAUUCUAGUUUGGACACAUCUGUGGCGGCUCUAAAUGCAAUUGCUUCACAGCCUCCGCUCAUGGGAAAUGUAGAUCCUUCUAAAAUUGAUGAGAUCAGGAGGACGGUGUAUGUCGGCAAUUUGAAUUCACAGAGCACCACAGCAGAGCAGCUCCUCAAGUUCUUCAAGCAAGUGGGAGAUGUUAAGUUUGUUAGAAUGGCAGGAGAUGAAACCCAGCCUACACGUUUUGCUUUUGUGGAGUUUGCUGAUCAGGAAUUGGUGGCACGAGCGCUUACAUUUAAUGGAGUCAUGUUUGGUGACAGACCACUAAAGAUUAACCACUCCAAUAAUGCCAUAGUGAAGCCACCAGAGCUCACACCUCAAGCUGCAGCCAAAGAACUGGAGGACGUGAUGAAGAAAGUCAGAGAGGCUCAGUCAACCAUUGCUGCUGUUAUCGAGCCAGAAAAUAAAAAUCCUUCAUCCAGUAGAUCUAGACGGUCCAGAUCUCACUCUCGCUCCCCAUCACACUCACGUAGAAAGCGAUCCAGAUCCAGGCACAGGGGACGCCUGUCCCAAAGAUCACGGCAGAAGGUGAAUGACUCCCGUGGGUCCCAUAAGAGGCGCUCACGUUCCCGAGAAAGGAAACACAGCCGAAGUCGAUCUUAUUCUAGGGACCAAAGGAAGGACAAGGAUGGCAAAGUAAGGAAGGAAAAUGACUGGGAAGAAAAGAGGCCAUGGGACAAAAAGGGAAGGACACCUCCUAAAGGCUUCAGUGGCCCUAGACGUUCCCGCAGCAUAAGCAGAGGCCAUAAGAAAAGAAGCAGCUCUCGAUCCAGGUCACCAAGGCGGAGAGCCCCAUCACCAUCGCCGUCUAAAAGAGGCAAGAAAGAUGAAAAGAGGGAUAAAGGACGGGACCGUAGCAGGGAAAGGACAGAGAGCUCAAUGUCCAGGAGGAAAAGCAGGGAUUAUGAACAUAAAUCUAAACCAUCACUGAUGGAGAGGGGCUACGAGCCGGCGGACCACGAGUAUGACAGUGACAUGGAUGGGUCGGGUUCUGUGGGUAAUGACGAAUACUCUAUGGAGAGGGGCUACGAGCCGGCGGACCACGAGUAUGACAGUGACAUGGAUGGGUCGGGUUCUGUGGGUAAUGACGACAGAUCUUCUCAAGCUCAUCUCAACGGCAGCUAUAGGAGCACUUACGCUGAGGAGGAUGAUCUCUCUGCAGCUGAGUGA